AUGAUUAUUCCUAGAGGUAGACAUGAGUAUCCUGGCUACAUAGAUGCUUAUUUGAGGCUUGCUGCGAGUGCGAAAGCUCAGAACAAUCUUCCUCUAGCCAUUGAACUGGUGAAUGAAGCUCUAAAGGUGGACGAUAAAAAUCCCAAUGCUUUGUCUCUGCUUGGUGAAUUGGAGCUUAAGAAUGAUGACUGGGUUAAGGCAAAAGAAACGUUUCGAGCUGCUAAUGAUGCGACUGAUGGGAAAGAUUCAUAUGCUAUUCUUUCUCUGGGGAACUGGAACUACUUUGCGGCUAUGCGCAAUGAGAAAAGAAAUCCGAAAUUAGAAGCUACCCAUCUGGAGAAGGCCAAAGAACUUUAUACUAAAGUCCUGACCCAACAUAAUUCCAACAUGUAUGCGGCCAACGGCUCUGGCAUUAUAUUGGCAGAGAAAGGCCAAUUUGAUAUUGCCAAGGAUCUUUUUACUCAGGUUCAAGAAGCUGCAAGCGGAAGUGUGUUUCGCCAGAUGCCUGAUGUAUGGGUGAAUCUGGCUCAUGUGUACUUUGCUCAAGGGAAUUUUGCCUUAGCCGUGAAAAUGUAUCAAAACUGCUUGCGGAAGUUCUUUUACAACACAGACUCUCAAAUUCUUCUUUACUUGGCUCGUACCCAUUAUGAGGCUGAGCAUUGGCAAGAGUGCAAAAAGACACUAUUAAGGGCCAUUCACUUGUCUCCUUCAAAUUACACAUUCAGAUUUGAUUUGGGUGCUGUAAUGCAGAAAUCAUCGUCUUCCACACUACAAAAGAAAAAGAGAACAGCUGAUGAGGUUGGCAAACUAAAGAUCAUCUCUUUCUAA